AUGAGUUUUGUGAAUAGCAAAUCUUUCAGUGAAAUUAUCUUCUAUGUAUGUAUAAAACACGGGCAGCGCCCGUGUUUCAGAAGCCUCCCGAAGGGCAUGGAGACGUGCUACGCUGGAGAGAUUUCUAUGUACACAGAGAGAGAAAACAGAAUCCAGGUGGCAACUCUUGAGAAGACUCAGCUCAUUGCUUUGAGUAUUUAA